GCUAUUUGACGUUUUUUAUUAGAUUUAACUUAGACGCUUUGUGGUAUAUUGUUUUUCUGGUAUAAACUCCGCCACGAAAUCUCUUAAAGCCUCUUAAUUUGUUUAAUUUACUAAUUGAAAUGGCGAUGGAUCUUGAGAAAAUCUGUCGAACUUGUUUAGGUCUUGGUGGUCCAUUACUUUCUAUAUAUGAUGGUGGUGGGGGCGGUGGAUGUAUCGCUGAUAUGCUACGAGAUUUUACUAAAACUAAGCCACGACGAGAAGAUAAACUACCCGAAAAGGUUUGUUUAUCUUGUAUUAGCGAGAUUAAUCGUUGCUACUCGUUUAAGUUGAAAUGUGAGAACUCGUGCAGAACACUGAGGCAACUGGUACCUGAUGCGCCUCCAGAAGAAUCGCAAGAGGAGCUAUCAAAAGUAAAGGUAAUACAAGUUAAUAAAUGUGUACAAACGAAUGCUGAUGUGCCGAAACAACUUACUACUGUUCAUACACAAACAAAAGAAAACGUGGUUUCGCAGACUAACCGGUAUGUGCAAACGAUACCAAUAUGUAAUAUAACACAUAAUAAAUCAACGUCCCCUAUAAAUGUGAAAUCAAAUAAUACCUUAAGAUUUGAUAAAAUAAAAUUAGAAAAUACUUUAGGAGUUGAAUUUGGCGAAGAAAUUGAAAUUGUCGAAAGUAGUAAACUUCAGCGCCGAAAUAAUGUGCAACACACUUUAGCACUCAAGCGCUGUCGGAUAGAUGAAUGCUACGAAGAGGUUGAAGAAGAUGGAGAAGAAAUUAUUAUGGAAUUGCAUACAGAUGAUACGGAUAUUGUUGAUAAUUCAGAAGGAAUUACAUUAUAUUCGACACUGAAUGCCGCCGUACAGGAGACAGAAGAAGUUAACGAUGAUACAACGACGUGUUAUCAGCUAACCCAUUCACAAUCAGAAAAUGAAAGCGAAAACGGAAACGUUGCUGGAAAUAAUGAGAACAUCAUUAGCGAAACGAAUCAAUUGCGAGAUUGUGAUGAAGAAUUUGAUGAAGACGGUGUUUAUGCACGAUUUAUAUACACCGCAGAAGAAAAUGAAGCAUUUAAUACUGGCGAUGGGAAUACGCAAUCCGAGGAUUACAAUUUCACAAUUUUUAAAAAUGAUACUGGCGAAGCGGAAGUCUUAGCAAAGUCCACAGUGACAACGCGAUCAUCCUCAAAAGCGACUGAAGGAAAAAAUGUUCGUGUGCUUAAAGACGAGUUAAAGUGUUGUUAUUGUCCGAUGACAUUCGUUAGUUCUAAGCGCUUAGCACGACAUGAAUUAAAGCGGCAUGCGAGUGAACAAACACGUAAAGAAAAUGAAUCGAUUUCUGAACAGGAACCAUCUAAGUCAAAUGUCACCUUAGAAAAUUCGGAAAUGAAAAAUGAUCAUAAUGAAGAUAAAAAUUUAAGCAUAGCUGAACCGACACUUAUAAAGAACACAAUUUCAAGUACGUUGCAACCGAUUGUACAGAAGACACAACCGGCUAAAUUGAUUCACUUUUGUGAGACUUGUGGAGCCGGUUUUGCGCUAAGAAGAUCGUUAGUUCAUCACAAAAAGCAAAAUCUUUGCAAUAAAACAACCUUUGAUUGCGAAAAGUGCCAACGUGUUUUCAUUUCGGAAGAGACAUUGAAGGAACACCUACUAACGCAUUUGCAAGAUCAUGAGUGCACCGAAUGUGGCAAGCAGUUUGGCACAAAUGAUGAACUCGGUCAACAUAUGGUAGACGAGCAUAAACGUAAUUUAAGGAAUCAAUGCCCUAUUUGCAAAAAAGUUUUUACCAUAUUAUCCGCACUAAAAGAUCAUUUGCGUGUGCAUAGCGGUGAAAAGCCGUUUGUGUGCGACAUAUGCAACAAAGCGUUUAGCCAAAAGACGAACUUAAAGCAACAUAUAAUGCGACAUUCCAAGGAAAAGAAAUUCAAAUGCGAUGAGUGUGCGAGGACUUUUGUUACUAAGGGCGAACUAUGUUCACAUAGGCGUACACAUACAGGGGAACAUCCAUUUCGCUGCGAUGAAUGCUUGGCUACAUUUACAAUAUCGAGUUCGUUGGUGAAACACAAGCGUAUACAUACAGGUGAACGACCAUACGCAUGCGAUCUGUGCCCGAAACGUUUUACGUCAUCAUUUACGCUAAAAAAUCAUAGACGCACUCAUACCGGUGAAAAACCGUUUAAGUGUCGCUGGUGCAGCAAAACAUUUACACAGAAACAGGAUUGCGUUAUUCAUCAUCGUACGCAUACUGGUGAACGAAAUCAUCGGUGUCAUGUGUGUGGCGAGAAAUUUACACAUUUAGGUACAUUACGUACGCACAUGAAAACACAUGAGGCGAAAGAUGUCGAUGGUGUACCGAAAGCUGCUGCCCGAGGAAAAAGGGUUUCGACACGUAGCAUUCUCAAUACUUCUAAACGAGAUAGUAUGGAUGGUUCAGCUUACAAUAUCACCAUAUUGGAUGUUGAAGAAGACGAUGGUGAUGCUGAUAGCGAUGUCGAUGGAGACACAACUACAGUUGUAACGGUGGCUCGUGAGGAUAUGGAACGUCUGGUGGCAGAUGGUACGCUAGCCGUUAAAUCCGCUACAUUUAUAUCCAGUUCAGAAUCACCUUCGGGUUCGAAAUUACUCGACGCCGAUAGGCGUUGUUCACCGCGUUCGCCAGGUCCGACACGUCUCGGCGGUAUAUCAGGUAUACCAUCUAUUGCAUUUCCAUCAUUACCAAUAGUUGCCGUUGCACCUACUCCCCCAUUUCCAGAUACCAGUGCAUUGUCCGAUUGUGAACUGCUUGGGCCGACAUUGCCGUUAGAACCAAUACCAUCUGUGGAAGUUAAAUUGCCACUCGGACUCAUAGCCAUUGAAGUUGUUGCCGAAAUACCACCCAUUAUGCCACCGACACCACCACCACCAGUAAGCAAUGCAUCUGCCGAUUCUAAAGGCAAUUGCUGCGUAGGCGGUGUACGCAUGCAAAUACUUUUCGGUUUACAAAUUUCGACUGAGACAAUUUUUGAAUUAUUUGCGGGAAUCGGAAUGGUUGGGUUGUGUCGGUUAUGUGCCGCUGUUCGUAAAAAGGAUAUGCUUAUCCCAAUGAACUUUGACAUUUGCCAAAAAAUGAGGGAGUGCUUUGGAAUUGAAAUGUGUAACAGUGGUGAUAAGCUUCCUAAAUGUGCCUGCGGCCUCUGUUUAGAAACAUUGCAAAAUGCCUUUUCCUUCUUCCAGAAAGUCAAGGAGUCGCAGGAAUCAUUAGCUUUAUUAUUAAGUAUUUCAAAAGAUGACAAACCUGAAACUGUUAAUGAAGUUUGUAUUAGAUUAAACGAAAGUGAACUAACCAACAGCCAUAUUACUGCUCAAUAUAUAGAAUCGGUUAAAGAUCAUGAAAUGAAAGGAGUUGACAUAGAGAGUGAUAAUAUGUUGACAUUAGAUUCGAUGGAGCUUAAUAUGCAAAUGAUGCAUAGAUGCAUAGAAGAAGAUGGUGACGAUGAAUAUCAAAGUUUGGAAAUUCUAAAUGUCACUGAGGUCAAUAGUUCGCUGACUGAUAUGGAUGACAAAGUUGGAGGGGAGAGUCUCAGCCAACUUUCAGAAAAUAGUACGGAUGUUAAGAUCGAAACGUACUUUUUGGAAGAUGUAGACGAAGAUUUAGAAGAAGGGUCACUGGUUAAUCAAGAAACCACGGAAGCUAAAUCGAGAGAGUUAAAUGAAAACAAUUUCAAACCUACAAUUAUUGAAAUCUUACCUGCCAACAACUGUGUAACCAAUUCUUCGAAGAGUUUUGAAACAACUGAAGUUAAUAAUGCCCAAGUAUACGAAUGGAGAUUAUAUACCUGGAUUUGCCAUACUUGCUCUGAGAUCUGCGAAACUUUCGCUGCAUUGCAUUUACAUGCUAAAGAGAAACACGAAGUGCAAGAAGUCAAUUAUCUACAAUACAAGUGCACUGAUUGUCAAAAAAUUUGUGCGCAUUAUAAUAAAUUUCUAAAUCAUGUGCGAUUCCGACAUCAUCCUGAAUUAAGUUUGCGUUGCGAUGCCUGCGAUAAUCAGCUGGAAUCUUUUCAAGAAUUAGCUGCUCAUAGAGAAAAUUGUGCUGCAGCACAACAAUAUCCUUUAGUAGAUUUGUGUAAUAUAUGUGGAAAAAGUUUUCACAGUCGCAAUGCUACAUUAGUACAUUCACGUGCACAACACAAUGAGGAAGAUAGUGACAAAACCAAGUAUCACCAAUGUACUCAAUGUGAUAAAAAGUUUAAACGAGUGGCGAAUCUGCGGGCGCACGAACAUAUUCAUUCAGGUUUAAAAGAGUUUGUAUGUGAUAUAUGCGAUCGGAAAUUUCGUCAGAAACAUAAUCUCGAAGUGCAUUUGUAUACACAUAUAAACGAACGAGUUUUUGAAUGUAAAAUUUGCAAUAAAAGUUUGAAAACAUCAACUAGUUUGGAGAAACACCAGCUGAUUCACAAAGAUAUCAAGAAGUUCGCCUGUGAUUAUUGUGAAAAAGAAUUUCGCACAAAAGAUGCAAAGCUUUCCCAUGAAAGGAUACACACUGGGGAAAAACCUUUGAAAUGCAAGUACUGUGACCGGUGUUUUCGUUUUCGUAGUGGGUUAAUGGGCCAUCUUAAUUUACAUACGGGGGAUCGUCCAUAUUCCUGCCAGGAUUGCAGCCGUCAAUUCACCAACUGGGGCAAUAUGAACAAACACAUGAAACGUUGUUCUAAACGCCAAAGCAGUGGAAAGAGUACGUAGUUAUGUUGUUAUAUCAACAACAAAUGAAAAACGUUUCGAUUUGUGUGAUAAAAGAUGUAUAUGUAUAUAAUACGAUUCCUAGUAGAGAGUACACAGCGCUACCUGUUAUUAUAAUCAUUAUAACAAUACGCGAAUUUGCUUCUGGGUUGUUUUUGACGUUACAAUACAUCAACGCUUUGGUCUGUUUGUUCAACUAAUCUUAGACAUUUAAUAUUACAUAAUACAUCCAAAUAAUAUAAGUGAGGACUUUGGUACAAAUUUUCGAAUAAAUAAGUUGAAUUAGAUAAUUAUAUGAAAUAAUGACAUACUUAAAUAAUAUCAUAAAAAAAGUUGCGUUUAUGUUGGAUUUACACAGAAUUUAAUUGUAAUAUAGUCCAUUCUCACCAUAAACAGUGUAAAUAUAAAAUAAAUCUAGUUUAAAAGGGCAUACGAUAAAAUUUACUUCGUACACUAUACUUUACACUGAUUUUAGUAUUGGAAAAAUAUUAGAAAAAGUGGUAUUAUUUAGCUUUUAUUAAAAAUUCAAAUUUAUUCCGAACAGUUUAAAAGUUUUUAGCUGAACUCAUUUUGCAAACACAUCUAGAUGUUAUAUUCCAUAAUGGCGUUGUCAGUGGCGCAGAGCAUUUGGGAUAAACAAUACAGUACAACUCAAAAUAUGCGGUUGUAUGAAGGAAAAUUUUCAUCUAUUUUCAAAUUGGGAAUAAAAAGAGGUCAAGUAAAAAGCCGACAAUGACUGGCAACUCGUAUUUGUCCAAUUGCAAAAUCUCUUUUCCGCCGCCAUUUUAAAUGUAGUUCAUUCGUUUCCGACUCACAUUUGUAGAAGUGGUGAAGCUUGUGAAUUUCAAAAGUUCACAUUCCAAUUGGUUGUGCUUCGUAGUUGUUCUAUAGAAAAUAUUUUUCGUUUGUAAAAAUUCGUAAAUGCUUUUAGCUACGUGCUCCUCUGAGAUGACAGUGAAUAUACUCACGCAAUUUCAUUUCAGGGCCAUUCAACACAAUCUCAUGUUUUUUCAUAAAUUCAUUAUAAGAGAAAUUGCAAAGGUCAAUUGAGUCGAAUGACUUGAAAACGGUUGAAUGAAAUGACAUGAGACGUUAACUUACCAAAAAAGACGGAUUUAAAAUGUCUAAGGGGGUGGGCGCUGAAAACUAUUGCUCUAAGCUAGAUUUCAGGCGACACUUCAAGCUUCCGAAAUAAUGCAGUGUCUUCUUAUUCUUCUUAGGAAAACUGCUGAAAUAGCUAACACCACAGGAAACAAUAUAAAAAAUCAAGACCGAUAGUAAAAGAGCAAUUAGACAAUAAUUUUAUAUUGCUGACGGAAAACGGCUGUUUAUGUAUUGGGUUUCAGGCCAAAAUAGCCAAAAGUGUUAUCCGUCUGGCUAAUGAAAUUUCCAAAAGGGCUGACAGAAGAAAGGUGAGAUGGUAUGCCUUAGAAACAAACAGGUUCACAAAGAUUAUAAACAAGGGCCCCUCGUCUCGAAAAGACUGCAGGAUGAUUGUUGGGAUAAUGACAGGACACAUCAGCAUUACAUGCCAGUCGGAUGGGCAUUACUAACAACGACACGUGCAGAAAGUGCUGGAAGUAGGUUUUAGAGACACGCUUUAAAACUUUAGCUGCUUCUGUUCAGCCCUAUCUAGAACUCGUUUAAGAUAUCUAGGAGCUUCACAUUUCAAGGGACCGGGUAAAGUAUUAAAAUUAGAUAACAAUACUCUAUUAGAAUUAGCAAAAAGCAUUGAGGCCUGUUUGGCGAAUACUUAAGCUUGA